UGGAUUUGUAAAUCCUUAACAAACCAGGAUAUGUCACUUUGUAUGAUACAGUCACUUUACCAUUCCUACGGCAGCUGUAGAGACAAACUAGCGGGAACGCGCGGAAGGCAUCUUGUAUCUUGAACGUAGGCGCCUGGAGCGCGCACGUACAACUCACGUACAGUCACGUAACGGUCUGUUUACGUCCAAUCUGUGGAGUCUCUGCUGCAGCUUUAGUCAACGAAAUAUUCUAGCUGGUUAAAACUCAUACUGGGGAUGCGAUAUGAAAUUCUUUUAAAAUUCCAGAUAUAUAUGUCCGCAUAGUGUGACCUAGCAGAGGGUCAUCAUGGAUUAGCUGUUGGUUCAGUAGCUUUCUCCACACAGUGUGACUGACAGCAAGAACUGGGACAAGGGACUUUGGUGCUACUAGCUAGCAACGCAACUUAGCUAAACGUUUUGAAUCAGCCUUACUGCAGCGACAGUUGUCUAGCGUUGGCGUUAGCCCUCAGCUGUCGUUAGCUGCUUGCUUGCUAAUGUGUAGCUAUAGUUAUUGCCUCCCAGUGGUGGAAAAAGUAUUCAAAUCUUUUAACGAUUCCUGGAGUAGUCUGAGAUCUCAGAGAGAUUAUCAAGGCAGCAUGGCUCCCAAGGACAUCAUGACCAAUUCCCAUGCCAAAUCCAUCCUCAAUGCAAUGAACUCACUUCGAAAGAGCAACACACUCUGCGAUAUCACUCUGAGGGUGGAGAACACAGAUUUUCCAGCUCACCGGAUUGUCUUGGCUGCCUGCAGUGACUACUUUUGUGCAAUGUUCACCAGUGAGCUUGCAGAGAAGGGGAAAUCUUUUGUCGACAUCCAAGGGCUCACUGCAGCGACUAUGGAGAUCCUGUUGGACUUUGUCUACACAGAGACUGUGUUAGUCACAGUGGAGAAUGUACAGGAACUGCUCCCUGCAGCGUGUUUGCUACAGCUCAAAGGGGUGAAAAGAGCAUGUUGUGAUUUUUUGGAGAGUCAGCUUGAUCCCUCUAACUGUCUGGGUAUUCGUGACUUUGCCGAAACUCACAAUUGCCUUGACCUGAUGCAGGCUGCCGAGCUCUUUUCACAGAAGCAUUUCUCCGAGGUGGUUCAGCAUGAGGAGUUCAUGCUGCUCAGCCAGACAGAAGUUGAAAAGCUUAUAAAAUGUGAUGAAAUCCAGGUGGACUCGGAGGAGCCUGUAUUUGAAGCCGUGUUAAACUGGGUCAAACACAACCGAAAAGAGCGAGAGCCCUAUCUGCCAGACAUGCUGGAGUUUGUUCGAAUGCCGCUCCUGACCCCCCGCUACAUUACCGAUGUCAUUGAUGCUGAGCCCCUCAUUCGGUGUAGCCUGCCAUGUCGAGACCUUGUUGAUGAAGCCAAGAAAUUCCACUUAAGACCGGAGCUGAGGAGUGAGAUGCAGGGCCCACGCACACAAGCAAGAUUAGGUGCCAAAGAAGUCCUGUUGGUUAUAGGUGGGUUUGGCAGCCAACAGUCACCAAUAGACAUAGUUGAGAAAUAUGAUCCAAAAACACAAGAAUGGAGCUUUCUUCCUAACAUUGCACGGAAAAGGCGCUACGUCGCCACUGUGUCUCUGCAUGAUCGAGUUUAUGUGAUCGGAGGCUACGAUGGCCGGUCGAGGCUCAGCUCCGUUGAGUGCCUAGACUACACCGCGGACGAGGACGGUGUUUGGUACACCGUCGCCACCAUGAAUGUGCGCCGUGGCCUUGCUGGAGCCACAACACUCGGAGACAUGAUCUAUGUUGCCGGUGGCUUUGACGGCAGCCGGCGCCAUACCAGUAUGGAGCGAUACGACCCAAACAUCGACCAGUGGAGCAUGCUGGGAGACAUGCAGACAGCUAGAGAAGGAGCUGGUCUAGUGGUGGCCAGUGGACUUAUAUACUGUCUAGGUGGAUACGAUGGACUGAAUAUCCUGAAUUCAGUGGAGCGGUAUGACCCACACACUGGCCACUGGACUAGUGUCACACCGAUGGCCACCAAGCGGUCAGGGGCUGGUGUGGCUUUACUCAAUGACCACAUCUAUGUAGUGGGAGGCUUUGAUGGUGUUUCACACCUUGACUCUGUUGAGGUCUACAACAUCAGAACAGACUAUUGGACCACCGUAGCCAGUAUGACCACUCCUCGAUGCUAUGUAGGAGCAACUGUUCUCAGAGGACGUCUGUACGCCAUCGCUGGAUAUGAUGGAAACUCUCUUCUCAGCAGUAUUGAAUGUUACGACCCGGUUAUCGACUCAUGGGAGGUUGUUACUUCGAUGGCGACACAACGGUGCGAUGCAGGUGUCUGCGUUCUACGAGAAAAGUGAUCUUAGCCAAGAUAAAGAGCCACAAGACGAAAAGCAAACAGGAUGACAGGCAGCUAGACUUUGCUAAAAUGCCACUAAAACGGAGCCACAAAGGGAGAUGUUUGUUCGCCAGUAUGCAAAUAGUUAGGGCUGCCUCCUCUACUGGAUGGUCAACCCUCCGGGACUUGGACCGUGCAACAGAGAUUCAGCUUCGCCGUGGUAGACUUCACCUCAAAAGAGGCCUCUAAGGAGCCCAUCACCACUUGCAUGUCUCUCUUCGGUGGUGCUUGUUGCUGUCGUUACCUGUGAGAUUAUUUUUUCAGUUUGUCUUCAAAGUGCAAUAUAUUUCUACUCAUCAUAAGAAAACAUAAAAAGAAGGAGCCGACGUAGACUCCAGUUGCUGCUAUAUGCCUUAUGACUUUGGCCUACAUCAAACAGUGAACAUCCAUGUUGCCUCCCAUUUGACUUUGAUGAUAGUUACAGUACAUUGGCUUAUUAUCAAGUGUACUCAUUCGGCAUUUGCAAGGUCAUUAAUGGGUCAGUAAUUCAACCCUUUUUGUAAUUCUUCCUGUAAACAGUGGUUUUAAAUUCACUUUAAUACAAAUGGUUACUUACUACUUACUGUUGCUCUCAGAAGAUAUAUUUAGAGAUAAAUAUUGUUUUAGAAAAUGACUGAAUUGUACCAGUUGAUUAUGAUUAUUUUGUCCCUCCGUCUGGAACAAUUGAGGGAAAAAAAUCACAAAAUACUAAGUAUGAGUUGCAUGUGAUUUGUUUUUUUUCCCUCAGCUUUUAAAUUCAGACGUGUACAUGUAGGACACAAAGUCAUAACAUCACUGUUGCCUGGGAAGUGAAUAAACAGAGAACUGACAUGUUU